AGAAAGGGGGGAAUGGGGAGACGUAAUAGGUUUGUUUAUUCAAGCAAAAAUCGUAACCGCCCCAACCUCCUCUUCUACUUGAAAGCUAUUUUUAAAAGCCUGUGCGGUCAUGUAACAGCAGAUUCAUGUAUUUAUGUGAACUCCGUUAACUUGCAAGUAUCCCACAUUUAGAGGCAUUCCCCCCAGCAAGGGUGGAGGAUGUUUCAAUGCUAUGGCAAGCAAGACAACAUUUUUGCCUUCAACCCAGGAGAGGUUCCUGAACAGAGUGGAAAAUUCCAGCUUUUCAGUGCACUCAACCUCAAGCAGAAGCAGUGAAGGACAUUAUGCACAGAAAAACAGAUUACCUAAUGUAUAUGGAAUAAAUUACUUGAAGAUUUUGACCUAAAUGAAGGAACUGUUAAAACCAAAGCUGCCCUACAAGAGUAUAACUUGAAUCCUGAGUUCUGUACAAAAUAUUGAGGCAGAAGCAUUUUCUCCAUCUGUGUGAUAGUAUCUCCCUACUUGUUCAAGGCAAUGAUGUGGGCCUCUGUGAGCCUUCUCCUGGUGUCAGCCCUGCUCCCUGGAAAGUUCAUUGCUGAAUGCUGCCCACGAAUCUGCCUCUGUGAUAACAUCAAGUAUCAAGUCAUGUGCUUGAACAAGAACCUCACCGAGGUGCCCGUCAAUAUCCCUCAGGUCACCCAAAGACUUGACCUCCGGGGUAAUAAAAUAAAAGUUAUCCCUGCGGGAGCUUUUUUCCCUAUUCCUUACCUCACCCACAUGAGAUUACAGAGAUGCAAGGUGGAAAUUAUUGAGGAAGGGGCUUUCAGAGGAUUAGGACGGCUAAUCUAUCUCAACUUGGCUUCCAACAAUAUAGCUUUCAUCUAUCAAGAGUCCUUAGAUGGCCUGUCGUCUCUCCGGCAGCUUAUCCUAGAAAAUAAUCACAUUGAAGAAAUAAAGCCAGGUGCUUUUGGGCAACUUGGCUUCCUCAGCUUUCUUAACCUGGCCAGGAACUCCUUGGUUUACUUACCAGAUAUGGUCUUCCAGGGACUUCAGUUGAUCAAGUGGAUCAAUUUGUCCCAUAAUUCGCUCCAUGUGCUUGCCAACGAGGCCUUUGGUGGAUUACCAACCCUUAAGAGACUAAGGAUAGAUUACAAUGAACUUCAGUUCCUUCCCACCGAGGUACUGUCUAGAUUGUCAGGCACAAACCGACUGGACCUAGGACACAAUCCCAUCACCUAUAUUGGUGAGGAGGCCCUAGAGAUGGCUUCCCUGAAACAGCUCUUCUUGAACAACAUGGCCCUUCAGGAUGUCUCAUACAGAGCUUUUGUAAAGAGUCCCAUGCUUCACACUCUUGACCUGCAUAACAACCAGCUGUCUGUACUGCAGCCACUGACAGAAAUGGCUCACCUCCAAAAAAUAAACUUAACAGGGAACCCUGUCCUUUGCACUUGUUAUAUGCGCCCCUUCAAAGAGUGGGCUGCAAAAGCAAGAAUACACAGUGAUGCGGUGUGUGCUGGUCCUGCUGCCUUCAGGGGAGAGCAGCUGGAAUCCAUGAGGACAACAGACAUGAAGUGUGGAGGUCAUGCCUCAGAAGAGGAGCUGCUCCCUUUCCUGCCCACGGUUACCAGGGAGCCAGAACAGAAUGCUGUAAGGUGCCCAGAAGGAUGCACUUGUUCGCCUGAUUACCAGCAUGGAAACUGUGGCAGCAGAAACUUCCAAAGUAUCCCUAAAGGCUUUCCAAGCAACACCCAACUCCUGGACUUGCAUAAUAAUGAGUUCCACUCCAUACCAAAAGGCUCCUUCCUUGGUCUGAAAAACCUGACCUCACUCCAUCUGCAGAACUGCAAGAUUGCAGCUCUGAAGCCUGGCGCUUUCCAGGACCUGACAAAACUAGUCUACCUUUACCUGUCUAACAAUGGCAUAUCUUCUUUAGAUGCUGAUGUUUUCAAAGGGGCCACCCAGCUUUCCUAUCUCUACCUGGACCACAAUGGAUUCACCCAAAUACCCAAGGGCACCUUCAGUCUCCUGCCCAACCUCUUUGCCCUCUAUUUGCAACACAACUCCAUCGGUCAGCUGACAGAUAAUGAUCUAGCUGGGUUAGAGAAACUACAAUGGCUGUACCUAACAGGGAACCGCAUCACUCAUGUGUCUGCCAAGGCUCUGGGUCAAGCCAAGCUUCUAGAGAAGCUGCAUCUAGAUGAGAAUUUUUUGCAGGAAGUGCCCACCAAAUCCCUCAGGGGGCUGCCCAAUCUUCGUGAACUGAAGUUGUCCAAGAAUCCCAUAAAGUGCAUUGGGGAUGGUGCCUUCCUUCCAGUAGCAAGAUCCCUGCAGCACCUGUAUUUGGACAACAUGGGAGUAGAACAGAUUUCCUCUGGGGCCUUCACUGGCUUGGGCCCAAAGAUAAAAAGUUUGCACCUUGAGAAAAACAAAAUGCACAGCUUGCCGAAUUUACGUGGCUUCACAGCUCUGGAGGUUAUCAACCUGAGUGACAUUCCUUUCUAUUGUGACUGUCAACUUCUCCCACUAUACAAGUGGCUUGACAAGCUGAAUCUUAGAGUAGGAGCCACCUGUGACUCCCCAGCAGAUGUACGAGGCCAGAAGGUGAAGCUUGUCACUACUUUCCAAAAUUGCCCUAGCUGGAGUACCAAGAAAACCAAACAAACGAGCGCAACUAAAACCAAAGUCAAAACCAAGGCUGGAAGGAGCUUCAAUAAGAGCCAGUAGCAGGCUAGAAAUAUACAAGGCCAGAAGAGUGUGAAACAGAGGGCAGCAAAGCUGUUGUUGGGAAUGUGCUUCUGGUCUUCUCAGCUAUUGGGGGGAGAAGGUCUUCAGAAGGGGCAUAUCUGCAUAUGCAUUUUUAUGGCCUGUAAAUCCAUACUACUACAAUAGGUGCAUUUUCAAAGGAAUAAAGCAAAUGUAAUGUACCAAAAGACAAUUUUAAGAUGUUAGAAGAGGCAGGCAAAUGGGGCUGUGUGCAAAAAAAGUUCAAAAUUCUGCACCAGGCAUAGUUGAAAAUGGAAAGAUGUUUCCAUUAGGCAAAUGUGCACAUUUUAAUUUUGUAUAUUCUGCUAGUCAAGUAGUGCAAAGUGCUGACUGUCUCUCGUCACCAAGAUUGUCAGGCCUGUCCCACACAUUUCAAGUCUAUCUCUGUACCUAACAAGGGCCUUUAAGAAAAAUUUAAAAGUUUUAUAUAUAUACACACACACAAACACAGCUUUGCCCGUUCGCCGAUUUCUGUCACUCCAGCUCCCACCCCCCCAUGCAACCUCUUCCUUUGCCAUCAGCACCCCUGCCAUCCCCCCAGUCCCCUCCCCAUUGCCAUCCCCCUGGCACCCCCUCCUCAACCCACCUGCCUCAGCUGUUGCGCCGACUGUCCACCCACCCAGGAUGGUGCCACCGUGCAGCCUGUCUGCCUGCUCUCUCACCCCCCCAGGCACCCACACUCCCCAACCAAACCCACUUGCCUGUUAUUAUGCCGCUGCCCAGCCUCCCACUCACCCAGACCAAGGCUACCAUUUAAGCCUGCCUGCUCAAUUGUCUUUACCACUGCAUGACAUCAUGACAGCUUACCUUUUUAUUAUAUACACACACGCCAAAGAUCCAAAUUUUGUGUCCACUAUCAAACUGUGUGCUGUUUCUGCAUCUUUACUGAAUUGUGAAAAACCCACAGCAGUAUUUUGUUGAUGUACAAACAGCAGUUUCUGUUAGAAGAGACAGCUAGAAAGUUGAUUGUGUGCAGUGUAUUGAUAACAUUAAUGAUCUUGUGGUGCUUUUUCUAGGUUUCAGAAUAUUUGGGUUAACCUGCAAUUUGGCUAAAUUUUUGCCUGUUUCUACUCAACUUAUUCAGUUUGCCAAGUUUAUGUAUUGAUGCACCAGUGAGCAAACAGUCUUUGUUUCUAUAUAGAGAGCACCAUAUGUUCUGCAAUUCCGAGCUGUGGGAUUUGUUGUAAAUGAUAGCAUGACUUACAUGAGCAACAACUGGGUAGCACAAGGAAGCAUUUGGAAGCAACCAAUACUUUUUCCAAAGUUAAACUAUCUCUUGUCUCUGGUGUGUUAAGUAUCUGGAAGUGGUAAAAGUUUUACAGAAGACAAACAAUAGGACAAUACAGGGGAAAGAGGUUAUAUGUUUAAAGAAGCCUGGGCAGUGAGAAGCAGAAAGCACCCUGCAUGCUCAACUUGGAAGAGAAAUGAGUAGGUUCCCUGAUAGAUGGUUCCAAAUAGCUAAAAGGUUUCCAAACAAAAAUAAAAUGAGAGUUUCACAGCAGGAAGUGCAAGCAGCAAUGGAUACAAGUUAUGAGCACAGCAGAUUUACUGCCUGACCAUGCUUAUUCAAAAGCAAGCCCCUCUGGUUGGCAAAAGGACUUAUUUCUAAGUGUGCAUGCUAAGGAACAACUGUUGAAAGCCACACAUCAGGAAGCACCUUUUCACUGGCAAGAAUGAUCAGACAAUGGAAGAAGUUGCCCAGGGAAGUUGUGGAAUUUCCUCCCCAGCAUUUUUCAAAACAGCAGGACAAUGCCAGAGCAUAACUAAAUGGCAUGAUUUAAAUCCCAGGAAGCUGCCACUGCAGACAGCUCGCCAGUAUUUCUUUCAUACCACAUCGUUGUCAAAUUAGUUCACUAGAGAGCAGCUCAGAAGAAGAAUUAAAAGGGUUCUUAUUCAUGUAUUCUCAAACGGCAACUCCCUUCUCAAGAUAGACCACUGCCCAUCUUCUGCUUUCACUGUGUAAAUUAUAAGACUGCUUCAGAAAUCAUACUGGCAAGAUAGCUACUCCAGAAAAGUGUAACUCAUGUGGGCGUUGCUCCGCUUGUCAGAAAAGCUUCCAAGUGGCUUAGGCAGAUUUUAAAAUGCCGGGGAAUCUCUUCACACUUCAUCACCAAAAGAGGGGGCGGUUUUGCGUGAAACACCCCAAACAGUAUAUACAGCAUGGAUGGGGAACCUGUAGCCUUCCAGAUGUUGCUGGACUCUAGCUCCCAUCAGUCCUAGCCAUGUGGGCCCACGGCCAGAGAUGAUGGGAACUACAGUCCAACAACAUUGGGGAGAGUAAAAGAUUUACCAUUCCUAAUCUUCAGAAUUCAUAUUCUUAGAAGGAAGUACACUGCCAAUGUAACAGAUGAUAGAGACAUUAAAUGCAACUUUAGCAAAACAUAGUGUAUACCAGAACUUAACCACACUAAAAUCAAAACAAAAACAGUGCACGGCUUCAGUGCUAUUUCCUACAUGUAACUAAAUGAGCACAGAAUUCUUAGUGUGCAAGAUAUAAAGAAGUAAGCUCUAUAUUUGUCUCAUUAUAAAUGUAUAUAAUUUUAUAAAGCUGAAAAAUAAGCACUGCAAUUGUAGCCAUAGCACACACAUUUACUUUUCAUUCUUAAUCUAAAAUGUACACAAUUUUUCCCUGUAAGGAGGAAGUUAGUAAAAGAUGGGUAGAGUUUUUACAAAAACUGACAGCCAGAUUGGGAAUCUUGCUGGAGCAGUCUAAAUAUAUAUUGUGGGGAGAAGGAGAUGAAUAACUGCAUGCACCUCUACAUUUGGGAAUCAAACGUCCAGUUUUGGACAGUUGAAGCUCCCGGCCCCAUAGCUGCCUUUCAGACAAAGGUGGAUUGAACACACUGCUUUCUGGGUCCAUAAAUGCCUACUGGCAGGAGAGUAACAAAGAGGCUUAAUAAGCUACUUGUAUUGCUUUAGGGGAGGUCAGAAGGUGGAUCAGGAUCUACAGAUAGAUCUCUGGGUGAUUUGCAGAAGAUUGACAAGAAAUUCUUACUCCCAAUUAUCUAACAAUGACAACAAAAUGACUUCUUCCACAUAAAUUAGGGUACUGGAAUCAAGAAAGCUAACCAGGAAUGGCUUUUGUACUCAAGGAAUAUGAGUCUUAGUUCAGUUCUGGUCUUGAAAACAAUUCCCAGGCUCAGAAUUUGCUCAAGGGCACCCUGUUCUUUAAUUCUAACUAUAUGUAUUUUGAACCUGGCUCUGGUUGGUAGACCUCUUAAGUUCUAGUGAAAAGGAAAAACAGCUUAGGAGAAGCAACAAGCCUGUUGUCUGCCCACCUGCUUUAGGAAAAUAACAUGCAACAGGACAUAAUAGCACAUUCCAAUCCCUUUUGAGUCCAGCUAUCAUAGUUUACUUUGGAAUAAAAGCAAGUAGCAAAGGAGAAGGAAGGAAGAAACACAGUUUGGGGGCAGUGGGGACAAUGGGAAUCCGGAGAGGUUGUGGUAGCUCUGGAGAGAAUGGAAAUCUUGAAGCAUGAAAACCCCACUCAGACUUGCAAGGCAUUAGGAUACAUUGCCCAUAUGUGUUCAAGUUUCUGUCAGCACGUAACAGGACUUAAUAACUGAAGAAGAAACCUAAAAGUCAUUCCAUACAUAUGUUCCAUACUGAAAAGAUUACUGUGUCUGGAAACACUUCCUUUAUUAAAAAUGCAUGUGAUGUGGGAACAAAAUGCAGACAACUCUUAAGUGGCUUGGGCUCCCUGUUAAUGUGUGAAGUGUCUAUAAAACACACUGGGAGUUAUCCAACUCAGAGUAGGUCCACUGAAAUGAAUGGACCUAAGUUACUCAUGUCUACUAAUUUCAAUGGGCCUACUCUAAGUAUGACUAACAUUGGAUACUACCUCCUGAAUUCUGUUCAAACUACCAUAUUCCAAGGUGAAAAUUUUUCUACUUUUGGUAGCAGGAUUAUGACACUGGGAACCAUUGCCACCUGAGAAGACAAAAGCCGAAGCCAUCCCUCUGCAGACAGGCGUACUUUAAAAUAAGCAACCAAUCCACAACUUGCUUCUGUAGGAACCCUCCCCUUUGUACCCAUCUUUCCUGCAGCAGAUAAGAUACUCUAAUUUCUUCCAAAUACAAGAUUUUCUGUCUACUAAAUUUUACUUAUGGCUUGCGUUUGAUUCAACCAAAGGGCAUAAGGAACACAUGCAGUUGCAUUGUGCAUAUAGAAAAGUUUGCAAUAAAAUUUCUCCUUGUCAAGAGUUGAUUUACUCUGUUCAUAGUAUAAUUC